GUCCGCCCGCCCCCGGAGCCAGCCCGGCCGAGCCCCGGCGGUCCCUGCUCGCCAGCAGCAGCAGCCGCAGCCAUGAAGUCGCUGUGCCUCGUCACCGUGGGGGUCCUGGCCAUGACGCUGCUSAUCGCCAGCAUCUCCUUGCUGGUGGCGCACGUCUUCCAGACGGUGGUGGAUCUGCAGGUGAAGCAGGGAACAGUACUGAAGAAUGGCACAGAGACCUUUGAGGCCUGGGAGGACCCUCCUCCCCCAGUCUACAUGCAGUUCUACUUCUUCAAUGUGACAAACCCUUUGGAAGUGCUCCAAGGUGCUUCUCCUCUCGUCGAGGAAAGAGGACCAUACACCUACAGGGAAUACAGGCCRAGAGUGCACAUCCAGUUUUUGGACAAUGGAACCAAAGUGUCUGCUCUGAACCCAAAGACUUAUGUAUUUGAACCUGAGAAGUCAGUGGGAGACCCUGAAGUGGACCUGAUCAGGACAAUAAAUAUUCCUGCAGUGACAGCCAUGGAGUGGACCAGAUCAACCCCUCUGCAGUUUGCCACGGAGGUGCUGCUGCUGCUGUACCAGGAGUCYGUGUUCACCGUCCGCAGUGUCCACGAGCUGCUCUGGGGCUACAAGGACAGGCUGCUGUCCACCAUCCACGUGCUGCACCCCGAGAUUGACCCCGUGUUUGGCCUCUUCAGCAAGAUGAACGGAACCGAUGAUGGAGAAUACGUUUUCCUGAGUGGGGAAACAAACUACCUGAACUUCUCCAGGAUUGUGGAGUGGAAAGGAAAAGAGUCCUUGAACUGGUGGACAACAGAGGCAUGUAACAUGAUCAAUGGCACAGAUGGGACAUCCUUUCACCCACUGAUCAGUAAAGAUGAGAAGAUUUACAUCUUUUCUUCUGAYUUCUGCAGGUCUCUGUUCCUGGUGUAUGACAGCUCAGGAGCUGUGGCUGGGGUGCCCACGUUCCGUUUCGUGCCCUCCUCCAUGGUGUUUGCCAACACCUCGGUGAACCCUGCCAACGCUGGAUUCUGUGUGCCCGCCGGCAACUGCCCCGGCACCGGCGUGCUCAACGUCAGUGUCUGCAAGCAAGGUGCUCCGAUAUUUCUGUCGGCUCCACAUUUUUACCAAGCAGAUCCAAAGUUUGUAGAGGACAUAGAGGGCAUGCAUCCCAGCAAAGAAUACCACGAGACAUUUCUGGAUAUCAAUCCCCUGACAGGGCUCGUCAUGCGGGCAGCCAAGCGGAUGCAGGUCAACGUUCACGUCCGAAAAUUACCUGAAUUCCUUGAAACAGGCAACAUCCGAACGCUGAUUUUCCCAGUGAUGUAUUUAAAUGAGAGUGUUCUGAUUGAUGAAGCAUCUGCCAGCAAACUCAGGCAYGUCCUGCUGGAAGCCAGUGUUGUGACUGGGAUCCCCUUUGUAAUCAUGGCCUUAGGGAUUGCUUUUGGGGUUGUUUUCGUUGUGCUGGUGUGCAGGUCCCGGGGGAUAAGUGAAGAGGGAGGGGAAGUUUUAAUAGACUCAGAAUAAACUGCACCAAAGCAAAGGAGCGGAGUUAAUCUGAGAAACCUGAGCACUGAAGAAGAGCGCUCCCCACUCAUCAGGACGUCRUAGUAGAUUUGCUUAACCCUGUGAGCUUGGAGAAUAAACAGUUAGAGCUGAGCUAAYGCCAACUGUCCCCUGUGGAGACACRCUUGUGUCCAGGUCACUKKCUGUGGGACAGAGCUGGAACAGAUCUGCACUGUCAGCCAGGGAGGAGAUGCUUUUCUCGCCAACUCUCAAACUCCAU